ACAGACCACACCCUCUCCAACACGGAAGACAGCGAAUCAACUUGUCUUGUUUAGUCCCCCGCACCGCAACUUUCACAGUCGGGUGCAUGAGUUCAGUAUGAGGACAGUUGAGAAUGGCGGAGACCACGGCGCUUGAGGAGCUACACACCGAGCUUACCUGCCCCGUGUGUCUGGAACUCUUUCGGGAACCUGUUAUCCUCGAGUGCGGGCAUCAUUUCUGCCGUGUGUGCAUUAUUAAGUGCUGGGAGGCCAAAGUGGACGAGCUGUCGACCUGCCCGCAGUGCAGAAAGUCGUGCGCCCCUAAACUGCGUCCUAACUCGCUUUUGUGCAACGUAGUGGACAGUGUUAGGAGAGCACAGGCCAUGGAAUCAAAACCCGGCAUGUCCGCGCGAGAAACAGAGGAUACGGAGGAAUGGAAGCCCGGUUCCAGCAUGAGCAGCGUGAGUUCCAUAGGUUACUACCCGCAGCGCCCCGAGCCGGAUCUGUGUGAAGAGCAUGAAGAGCGGUUGAAGCUCUACUGCGAGGACGACCAGCUACCGAUCUGUCUGGUGUGUGGGAUGUCUCGAGACCACAAGACGCACAAUGUCAUCCCCAUCAACGAGGCGUUUGAGAACUAUAAGGAAAAGCUGUUUCUUGCUCUACAGAAGGUAGAGCUACAGACAGAAGAGGCUUCUGUUUUUCAGAGCCAGACAAAUGAAAAGAUCUUACUCAUCAAGGAGCGGGCAGCGGAGCAGGACGGGCGGGCGAGCGCCGAGUUCGCCCGGCUGCGGGACUUCCUCCAGCGGGAGGAGGAGCGGGUGAAGGAGAACCUGCGGCGGCACAAGGAGGACACCCUCCACCAGCUGGAGCGGGACUUCACCCACGCCUCGGAGCAGAUCAGCCAGCUGGAGAGGACGGCCGACGAGCUGCGGGGGCGACUGAGAGAGGAGGAGAACCCUGCCCAGCUCAAGGGAAUCAAGGAUUUCAUUGGCGGAGCUGAGAGUUUAUUUCAGCACCCUCCGGAGGUCAAGGCAGAACUACAACCAGGAGAGUUCCUGGGGCCACUACAGUACCGCACCUGGAGGAGAAUGAGCUCCAUCCUCCAGCCAGGUGUCACCGAUGUGACCCUUGACCCCGACACGGCCUACCCCAAGCUGUGGGUGUCCCCAGCAGGCAGCAGUGUGAUGGUGGGGGACAUCCAGCCCAACCUGCCCGACAACCCGGAGCGCUUCACCCGCUACAACAUCGUCCUGGGCGCCCACUCCUUCUCCUCGGGAUGCCACUACUGGGAGGUGGCUGUGGGCCGGAAAACAGCCUGGGGCCUGGGGGUGGCCUCCUCCUCGGUCAACAGGAAGGAGGAGAUCAGCCUGUGUCCGGAGGACGGCUUCUGGACGCUGGUUCUGGGGGACGGGAGUGGCUACGAGGCGUGCACCAGCUCAGAAGACACCCCGCUCACCCCCGCCCGGCCCCCCGGCAAGGUGGGCGUGUACCUGGACUACGACCGAGGCGAGGUGGCGUUCUACGACGCGGGGGAUAUGAGUCAUCUGUUUACCUUCACGGGUGCUGCGUUCACAGAGCCUGUGUUCCCCUACUUUAACCCCUGGCCCAUCCUCAACGGACGCAACCGAGAGCCCCUCACCAUAGUAACCCCGCAGCUUUGAGACCCUCGCCGUGGCAACGGCUCAGCUGUGAGACCUUCGCGGUUACCCUGAAAACACUCCGAACAGGCCUACAAAAUGGGCCUAGAACUAUGAAAAACCUACUCCAGCCUUGAAUGUAAAAACAUCCUGCUCUUAUCAAAUAUUUUUCAUCAAGAUGAGUGUUCAUUAUGUGCUAAAAAUAGUAUCUAACCACAAACUAUUCUGCUCCUGUGCUAAUAAUAUAUAUAACAUAAUAUAACAGUGAUAUAGUCAAGCGGAGGAAUAACACUGCAGAGUCAUAAUAAAAUCACUAGUACGGAUAGAUAUUUUACAUAUUGAAUGGUAGAUAAUGUUGUUACUACCCACCCACUGUUGUCCACAAGUCUGCCUGAGCUUUAGUCAUUCUUUCUGCUCUCCAGUAGAGGGCGUCCUUGCACUAGAGCAGCUGUACCUCCCAUGGGAUGUUCUCAUGCACAGCUGUGGCCAAAAGUAUUGGGAGCGACAUACAUUUUGUGUUUGCAAAGCUUUCUGGGCCUUGGCAUAAAAUGACUGCUAACAUAAUUUCAGUAAGUCAUAUCAUCAGCACAAGGGAAAGUGUGAACUAGUUCUAGCCAGGUGAAAUCACUCUAUCAUUCUGAUUGGAUUGACUGCUGUAAAAGAGGGGACUAUUUGCAUAUAUUGAAAAUGUUCACCCUAAAAAAGCUUUAAAAAAUAUGAAAUGUGCCUUAUUGUAUUCCAGUAUUCUAUAGAAACGUGAAAACCUUUUCCUCAUAUACUGAACCAGCAAACUUUGCAAAACACAACAUUUGACUGUUAGACCCACUCUGUGACCACACAACAGCAUCCUGGCAAAUCGCCUAGUUGUGGCACAAGAGAGCAUGGUUUGCACAGACACAGAGGCGCUGUUCAUCUCUGUGGGUUUUGAGCCGAAGGUGAUGUUUGAUAGUUGCAUGUUAUAUGAGAUUUUGUAGCAAAGCGUUUGUAGCAAAGUGUGCCACAAACCUGUGCUACUGCUUUGAACACAGCACACGCUCCAGUGCUUGGUUUGUGAAAGCGCUCAGCCUAGUCCUUAAUUAUUGGAGCUGCCCCCCCCCACACACACACACACGUCCACACUCCUCACUCCCCUCGUUGUCUGUCAUUCACACCUCCGUCUCCUUAAACCCCCCUGUCUUCCCUCUCUCUCCCUCCCCGGUCUCCUCAACCCCCCCCCCCCCCUCGUCUCCCCCCCCCCACUCCCUCCCUGUUCAGUCUGUGUGUGAUCAGCUGACAUGAUAACAUGCAGGCCGACAUGCAGAAACACUACUCCACGGGCUUACAUUACUCCUCAAAGACUGAUUACCGUCCUCCCGCUCCGGUUUGCUUCACCAUUACCGAUGCAGUAACGACAUGAAGUUGACCUUUCUGUGUGCUUAAAAGUGUGAAUGUCCUGCCCCUCUCUGUAAUUGACUUUUCACUCCAGACACCUUGAUAAACUUCCGUUUAUUUUCAUGUCAUUCUCACCGAUUCU